AUGGGAGAAUCGAUUGGAAGUUCUUCAAAAAUAACAAAGACUUCUGCUAGUGGGGCAUCAUCGGAGAACCCAGAUACACCUUCAAGUUAUGGGUUUAACUCUUCAUCACCAAUGGAGCGUCCAAUAGGACAAAAAGUGGCAAAAAGGAAGGGUAAGGAAAAUGAAAUUCCAACUGCUAAGCAAGAUGUGAGGAAUAAAAGAACAACAACAAUGGAAAGACUAGCGCAAUGUAAGGAGGACGAGAUAAAAAUCAAGAAAUGUACAUUUGUUAUUCGUAUGUUGGCGUACGGGUCUCUUGCUGACUCUGUAGACGAAUAUGUUCGAAUCAAUGAAAGCACUUCAAUUGAGUGCUUACAAAGAUUCGUUCAGGGCGUGAAUGUUGUAUUUGGGGCUGAAUAUUUGAGAAAGCCUAAUAACACUGAUCUUGAACAUCUUUUACAAAUGGGAAAGUCACAUGGCUUUCCAAGUAUGUUGGGUUCCAUUGAUUGUAUGCAUUGGGAAUGGAAAAACUAUCCUGUUUCAUGGAAAAGACAAUAUUGUCGAGGUGAUCAUGGUAAGCCCACAAUCAUGCUUGAAGCAAUGGCAUCACAAGACUUAUGGAUUUGA